GAAGAUGAUGACGACUACCCAGCCGAUCCAGAUAACGAUGACGACGACGUAGCUGAAACUCCUUGCGAUGAUGAUGACGACACCGUCACUACCCAACUGAAACUCCGAAGCACUGUCUCAGAAGAUGGUGGAGGAGAUGUCAUCGACGAUGCAUUAAGAACAGACACUGCUUCAGGAAGUGUCUUUGGAAGAAGUGUCAUAAGAAGUAUCACCACCAUGAUAGUGAUGUCGAUCCCAAAACCGUUGUAG